AUGGCGUCCGCAAGUGCGCCUACAAAUCACAUCGCCUACAAUCUCCUCGCGCGCGCCCACUCCCCCGACACCGCCGCGCAGCAAUUCACCGAGCGCGUCAAGCAAAAACCACUCUACCUUCGACCAACGUCACCCUCAGCAGCUGAUAACCGCUCACGACGACGCCAUGAGCGACUUCGGAAGAAAGAGUACUUUCUCAAACAUCAGCGACCGCAACCACUGUCUGCGCGCGAGAAGCGCUCGUCAGGCCUGUACAAUUUGCCCAAGGAAGAAUGCAAAUACGACAUUUUCAAGGGCCUGCAUGCGCUUUGGGUGGGAUAUAUGCAAGAGAUACUGGAUCUCAGAGUCGGGGGACGGACUGGUGUGAUCACACCGGCGUCGCAUGGAGCAAAGCUGGUCAGCGCGGAUUUCCACGGCGCAGAAGUGGAGGUUGUUCGGAGUCAAUGCGCAAGCCGGGUCGGAUUGAAGGGAAUUGUGGUGCGGGACACCAAGUUUACGUUUGUUGUUGUCACUGAAAAGGACGAUGUGAAGACGAUACCCAAAGAGCAUACAGUUUUCAGAUUUACGGUGCCAUUGCCACAACCAACGUCGACGGAGGCCACUAUUCAAGAUGGCGACAAUCAACAAGAAGCCAAAGCAGCAGAGUUGAAGCCGCUGGUCUUUGAGCUUCAUGGCAGCCAAUUCGAAAACCGACCCGUUGACAGGGCGAACAAGAAGUUCAAGUGGAGAAACAUCGACUACACCAAGCUCGUGAUAAACCCGAUCCUCGAGGUCGUUAUGCCAGAACACGGGUCGAUGUUGCCUGCCCAGGCUCUCAAGGCACUACCCAAAUCCCCGAAGGAUCACGAUUUCGCAAAUGCCGAGACGCCAUGUCUUGCCUCUACCACGCAGCGCUUGAUGAUCCGGGGCAAGACAUGA